AUGGACCAUCUCCCGAAGGUUGAGGAGCCUUACCAUCGCGAACUGCAGAUCCCUCUGUUUGUGAAAAAAGGACAGGAAUAUGAUGGGGUAGGGCUGGAAGAUUUUCUCUCUUUUCCAUCAAAACAAGGGCUUAAUCUGGAAAGGCUGAAGUUCGGUGACUUUGGGGAACGAACCUUCGAAGAUGUCAUAUCUUGCAUCCAAGCUUGGGGUUAUUUUGGAAUGUUGCAAGAGGUACUCAGAGUAGGCAACGUCAAUAUGCGAUUUGAUUUUUCGGGUGGUGAGGAGACCGAAGGUAUAUUUGUCUCGACAACUAGUAAGGGGUUACCAGAUCUGAUUCGCUUUUGGUACGACCAUGAGGAGGUCGUCGAUAGAGAAACGAAGAAUGUUCACGCAGAGACAGUAUAUAAGAUAACCCGGGCUGUGCGUGAUCUGAUAUGGGGUAUCACGCAUCAAGAAUUCCGCGGCGGAAGCGUCAGUACGUCUACCGACAUUCUCGACGAGGAUGAGGAGAGUAUGAAGCUGUCCAGCAUAGUCAAGGAUCUCAGUCACGAAAUUGGUAUGAUAGUCACUGACAAGUACUACGAUCGGAAUCCGAACUUCUACACGGCCGAAAAGGGGUGGGAGGAUGAAGAGUUCAAAAUUGGCGAGGUCAAUUGGAAAGUGGGAAGAACUGGGUCCAAGGCGCAUCAACUCAUGCUCAGUAUUGUCGUUCUCGGUGAAACAUUGACCAAUGCAGCCUCUGUUAUUUAUGAAGGCUUCAACACCUAUAAGUGGCCAUUAUGUCCUAUGGUCUCGUUCUUGAUGGAACUGGUGGGGUGGUGUCCGUUCCAGAUCUCGCAGCUCUCCACACGUUGCACCAAUUCACACCUUUACUACCUGAGCUUUUUCAAUCAACAGCAGUUCUCAAAUAAUCACAGGAGAUGCUGCAAGGACUUUUGCCUGGCAUACCAGAUAAACGAGGAAAUAUACGAGACACGCCAUGUGACAGCAGAUUGCAAUUGCGCGUUCAUCUCUUUUGCUGAAUUGGCGGAUGUUUUCACUUGGAUUGAGCAGGGAGGCACAGCACUAGUUAAGCGCGAAGUCAAAGACACAGGAGAAGGAAUUCAGAAAAUCUGGCGUCUGGUACCCAGUCAUGUGGAUGGCACAGUCGCUCGCUAUGUGUGCAUUUCCCAUGUCUGGGGUGACGGAAUGGGUAAUCCUCGUCAAAAUUCACUUCCGGAAUGUCAGCUUGAGAAAUUACAAGAUGCCGUGAAUGGGCUUCAUGAAUCUGACGAGGACUUUCCAUUCUGGAUUGACACCGUCUGUAUUCCUCUCCAGCAGCCGUUCCGCAAACAAUCGAUUAGAUCCAUGGCGAAGAUCUACCAGAAAGCGGAAAGCGUCCUCGUCAUAGACAACACGCUUACGAACGUGAGUACGCAGACGAGUAUUGAAGAGAUUAUGUCCAGGAUUGAAGUGUCUGGCUGGAUGGGUAGAUUGUGGACGUUGUCAGAGGGUGUGGCUGCAUCAAAACUAUACUUCAAACUACGACAGCACGCCGUGGUAGUCGAGCAUUUGCAAUAUGAUUAUCGCCUGAAGCGUCUUAGGGCAGACGUUGAACGAUUCCGAGAGCUAUCCGCAGACAGGAAGAACCCCAUGUUCGGACUAUUAGCACGUCAAUUGCGAGGUAUGGAGUCCAUGUCUCCAUCGACCAUGACUCGCACGGAGCUAGCAAAUCUCGAGUUUAACGAGAUUUACUUCUCGGUUUCAACAAGAUUAGUUCAAAUGCGACUACCAAAACGUAUAGCAGAAGAGUACUGGACAGAUGAUAGCCGAUUCUAUUGGAUUCUCUCUAUGCUGACCUCAAGAAACACAAGCAAGGCAGAAGACGAAGCAAUCUGUAUCGCUCAGUUGCUCGAUAUGGACGUGCAACCAAUGCUUGAAAUGGAUCCAGAGACUCGGAUGUUAUCGUUAUUCCUCAGAUACUCGCACCUUAUCCCCUCCGGGAUCAUAUUUGGUAAAAGACCAAGAGCGCAGCGAAUGGGUUUUCGCUGGGCGCCAUUGUCCCUUAUGCAGUCCGAUUUCAGCUUGUCUGGAAAAGCCGAAAGGCUGACUGAGGACGGUAUUUAUGCCUACUACUGCGCUCUCUCUUUCCGGCCCUUUACGUUCAUGUUUCUAUGUACCCACUUCGGAUUGAUUGACUGCUCGAGCGGGACCCGCUACUUGGUCGACGUCCAUGGGAUUGCCGAAAACGAGAUGUUGCACGUGAAAGAGACGAUGCACAUAAUUAUCGAGUGUCCGCUUGGUCAGAAAGACGAGAUCAAAGGCCUUUUGGUGAACGUCUUAGGCGAAGAAAACGGAAGUACUUUUGCAGAAAUUGUGAGACCAGUCGUGAUCAGAGACCUUGGUGCCCGCAAAAAUCUUCCAGAUCACGAAUGCGCAGCAGUAGAUCCUGUUGUGCCAAAUCGCCUCUGGUGUCUUGGUUAG